AUGAGCAUGGUGACAACAUCAAAGCCUCCAACGAUCACUGAGGCUAUUGAUUUGAGCGUGGCAUUGACAGAAGAAGCGAUUAGGCUGAACAAGUUUUCAAUCUCUAAUGGAAAGAAGAAGGAGACUCAUGUCGAGUCGUCUAGAGAGAACAAGCGGAAGUUCUCCAACUUCAAGAAGGGUACUCGUGCGAGCAAUACCAACAAGCGUAAGGACGCUAACCCGCCAGUUGAAGCACAACUUGCUGCUACUGGUGCUGUUGCUGGGGUUGAGAUCAAAGGAAAAGGAUACUUGGGUACCUUGCCCAAAUGUAAUGCAUGUCAGUAUCAUCAUGCCGGCCAGUGUAGAGUUAGGAAGUGCGAAACUUGUGGAAAGAAUGGUCAUUUGAAGGAGACGUGUUGGGUUGGUACUGGUCGUGGGAAUGGUAGCCAGAGAGGAAAUGGCAAUGGAAAACGUGGUGGAAACGACGAUGGUAAUAGAAACAACCAGGGAGGAAAUGGAAAUCGUGGUGGUUUUGGAAACCAAGCUGGUAGUGGAAACCGUGGAGCAAACAACAAUCAAGGCGGUAUGGGAAACAAACAAGGUUGCUUUAGCUGUGGUGAUGUUGGGCAUUUCAAGAGAGAUUGCCCAAAGAACAACCAAGCUCAGGGGAGAGUCUUUAACAUUGGAGCUAGGGAAGCUCGCCAAGAUCCAAACGUAGUUACGGCUUUGUAUCCUGAGAAUUCAAGAAAAUGCUUGCGUUAG